ACCCAAUUUCCCCAGCCGCCCUUCUUUACUAAACUCAUAAACGACAACGACGUCGACAACGACAAAGCUGAUCACUUUCCUUGGCGGUUGACGCUGUUCCUUACUUGGAGUUCCAUUUGCCUUUUGAUUCCUCCACAACUCUACGGGAGCGACACGGCGAGACGACGAUGACGACGAAUUUAUCUCCUGCGGUGUUUGCAAUCUCCGCCUCGUCCUGUGCGCCGUUGAAAGCGAAGCGGCACGGCAAUUCGGCUUCCUUUUACUCGCGGAACAACCCUUUAAGUUACAGCCCCCUUUCUACACGCCCAUCAAUUCCCAGGAAGUCGUUCUGGGUCCGAGCAACAGUUUUGCAAGAGAAUGAGGAGAAAGUGGUAGUCGAGGAGUCAUUCCCGCCGAAGACUUCUCCUGAUGAUGGGGGGAAAGGAAGUGGCAACGAGCCACCGGAAAGCUCAUCGUUGGAGAGAUGGGUUAUCAAGGCUGAACAAUCUGUGAAUAUCUUUCUCACGGACUCAGCGAUAAAGAUACUCGAUACCUUGUACCAUGAUCGAGAUUAUCCAAGGUUCUUUGUACUGGAAACUAUUGCAAGAGUUCCUUAUUUUGCCUUUAUAUCUGUUCUACACAUGUAUGAGAGUUUUGGUUGGUGGAGAAGGGCAGAUUACAUGAAAGUGCAUUUUGCUGAGAGCUGGAAUGAGAUGCACCACUUGCUUAUUAUGGAAGAAUUAGGUGGAAAUGCUUGGUGGGUCGACCGGUUUCUUGCUCAACAUGUCGCAGCUGUUUAUUAUAUCAUGACAGUCCUUAUGUAUGUGAUAAGCCCAAGAAUGGCAUAUCACUUCUCUGAAUGCGUAGAGAGCCAUGCAUUUGAAACUUAUGACAAAUUUAUCAAGGCCCAAGGAGAGGAGUUGAAAAAGUCACCUGCACCUGAGGUUGCUGUAAAAUACUACACUGGAGGUGACUUAUACUUGUUUGAUGAAUUUCAAACUGCUAGAGCUCCAAAUUCUCGAAGGCCUAAAAUAGAGAAUUUGUACGACGUGUUUCUGAACAUUAGAGACGAUGAAGCUGAACAUUGUAAGACGAUGAAGGCCUGUCAGACUCAUGGAAACCUUCGGUCGCCUCACUCAUAUGCAGAGGAUGCUUCUGAAGAUGACACUGGGUGCGUCCUUCCUCCAACAGAUUGUGAAGGUAUUGUAGAUUGUGUAAAGAAAUCCAUCACAUCACCUCCCGCAAAGCAAAACAUAUGAAUGGAAAAGUAGCUAGAAUCCAUUGUAUAUGCAAUUGAUAUAGAUCCAAUAGAUGUCAUUGGCUGCUCAAUGAAGGUUGUUGUCUAGUUUUAUUUUUUGAUGUUAAAUGGAGCAAAUAGAAGGAAAUCAUACCAUCUCUGGUUUUUAGAAUUGU